GGAACCGCAUCCAAAGCCAUGAUACACAAAGCUGACACGACAAUAAAAACGAAGAAAAAAAAGAAAAAAAGAAAAAAACGAGACCUCGCGAGAGAGAACUCCAAGAAAUGCCGAGUGCUCCUUCUCUCCCCCUCUCCGCCGCUCCCAUGAAGUCGUCGUCGUCGUCGUCGUCGUCGUCGUCGUUCUCCCCUUCUCCCUCCCCAAACCCUAUUGAGUCGCUCUCGUCCUUCAUCCACCACCACCUCUCCCGCCUCGGCUCCGACCUCUCCGCGCGCGUCGAGGAGGGCCGCCGCAUCGCUGGAGCAGCCGCCGCCGCCGCCCUCGCCGCGCAGCGCCCGGCCAUCGCGGCUGCGGCGGCGCCGCCGCGGGAAAAGCGAGCGUUCGACCUCGCGCUGAGCCCCGAGGCCGUGGCGAGGACUCUCACGGGGACGGCGGUGUACACCGUGAGCAACUCCAACAACGAGUUCGUGCUCAUCUCCGAUCCCAACAAUAGCCUCAGAUCCCUAGGGCUCCUUUGCUUUCGCCAAGAAGACGCCCAAUCGCUCCUCUCUCAGGUCCAGCUUCGACAGCCGGUGCUGGGAAAGGGGGCGAGAGUGGUGCCAAUUACCCUCGACCAGGUUUAUAUGCUGAAGGUUGAAGGUAUUGCUUUCCGGUUCUUGCCUGAUCCUCUUCAGAUUAAAAAUGCUCUCGAGUUGAAAUCCUCUGAUCUAUCAAAAGGUUUUGAUGGAGUUCCGGUGUUCCAGUCAGAUCUUUUGGUUAUUAAGAAGAAGAACAGGCGGUACUGCCCCAUAUAUUUCCAAAAGGAAGAUAUAGAAAGAGAACUUUUAAAAGUCUCAAAAGCUUCGAGAGGAUCUGGCUUUUCUCAACAAAUUAUGGUCGGGAGUUUGGAAGACGUCUUAAAAAAAAUGGAGAUUAACGAUAAAAACUCUGGUUGGGAUGAUUUGAUUUUCAUCCCACCUGGGAAAAGCUACACCCAACACAUUAAUGAGGUGGCUGCAUGAUGCUGCGAGGGCUUUAAAGCUAAUGACUAACAACUCUCCUAUGGUUCCUUCGUAUACCAGGUCAGUUGUCAACAAACUAUAUUUUUUUUAAAAAAAUCCACUUAUUUUUUUUUGACUGCAGCUGUAAGCAAGAUUAAGAUCGAGUGUUACGAGUUUUUCUGAAAACUUCGAGUUGUUCAUUGGCGAUAGCUCACACCGUUGAGAGGAGAUAUAGAGUUCAUACUUGCGGAUGAGGUAAAAGAAUAUGAGGGACCCUAAUCUGUUUUUUUUUUUUUUUUUUUCUUGGUUAUGUAAGUUUAUUAAACGUGUUCUUUGUCUUUAAUUAUCUCUGUUUAGUAAUUCUUAUGGUUGGGAGCACAAAGAUUUUCUAAGGUGUAGUAAUCUAGUGUCCUAUUGUGAACCUCUUGUUGCAUCAUCAUAACGAUUUUCUGAAUUGAUAUAAUGCGAACGCCAGCACAUCUAUCUA